ACUGUAUUUUCCUCUUGUUCAAUAGUUCAUUGUCUACAAUGUAUGAAGCCAGAACGUGGAAGAGCGGCGCGCGCCCGAUGCCACUUGUGAAACUAUGAUAAAUAGGUUAUCCAUUUACAAUUAUUUACAAUGUAAUGAUGACAGUUCAAACAGUACCAAAAUGCAACGGAAAGACAGGUCCGAUAAUAUUAUUUCUGUCCGUGGACAGCGACACCGUGACAACCGACCGAUAUCUUGACAUUUUACGGCAAACGGGAAUGCGCAUCUAAAUAUGCAGUUGAGUUUGAUUUUGCGCGCCCACUAAGUGAAACGAAGGGCACGAGCAAAAACAGGACACGGAAAAGGACUGGGGUGGCGCAGAAUCGAAUAAACUCAGGAUCUUGAAAGUUGCGGUUAUUUUCAACCCUAUCGAGUUCGUUUAUAACGGACGGUUCAUGAAUGCUCGAAUCUAUUAAAGAGGUUAAUUCACAGAAAGAAGACCUUGGAGGGUGGGCAGAUUUUCAACUGCUAUGAGGAUUCUCAAAUUCUUCAUGGGGUACAGUUGCAGAACGCUAUGAACGCUGCCUGCUGUGUGACGUUAGUUUUGUUUGAAGAAGUUGCAUGAAACUGGUAACUCCCACUCUGGGCCAGACAUGUCUGUGAUAGUGGGAGAGGGGCGAUUCAUAGCCCAGAGGGUCACCAGAAGCAUCACCUACUACUACACCAGCCGGACACCAGGGGGCGAUACCCCUGCCCCCUCUCCUCCCACCAUCUCCCCCACCUCCUCCCAUCUAGACACUCCUUUUCCCUCACCCUCGUACUCCCUCUCCACCCCCUUGCUCCCAGACUUGCCCUCUCACCACGACGUUUCCUCAGUUCUCACCCAUUCCACUUUGGAUGUACCAAUCCUCUCUCCAUCCUCGCCCUCGCCCUCCUCCUCCCCCCGUCCACUCCUCCUGCUUUUCCCGUGGCUGGGCGCCCGACCGGGGGCCAUGGCGAAGUACCGGGACCUCUACCUGGAACACGGCCUGGACAUCCUAUCUGUGGAGAGCACUGUGUGGCACUUCCUGUGGCCUCGCUGGGGGCUGGAGUAUGGAGCUGAGGUCCUGGAGGUCCUGGGAGACCCGCGUUUCAAAGGUCGCCCCCUUCUCGUCCACUCCUUCUCCAUCGGCGGGUACACCUUCACCCAGCUGCUCAGCCAGAUGGUCAGGGAGCCACACAAGUACCCAGGCCUGGCCCAACGGGUCGUAGGACAUGUCUAUGACAGCAUGGUGGUCGGGUCGCUGGAGCAUAUGGCUAAAGGCCUGGGUCUGACCCUGUUCCCUCAUAUCGAGCCCCUGGUGCGAUAUAGCGCUCUGCUCUACUUCUGGCUCUUCAAGUCCCAGACGGUGUACUACUACGACAAGUCAAUCCAGGUCUUCUACAACAGCCCCGUCACCGCCCCGGCGCUCUUCUUCUUCUGCGAGAACGACGCGCUGUGCGACCCCGUCGCCAUGGAGGCAGUCCUCGACUUCUGGAGGAAGCGGGGCGUUGCUGUGGAAACCAGGAAGUGGAAGGAGUCUGUGCACGCUGCUCAUCUGCGCUGUCACCCGGAGGAGUACCUCUCAACACUGGAGACAUUUUUUCACUCGCUCAACAUCGCCCCCCUCAGGGCUAAGAUGUAAAUGGUUAAUGUGCUAAUCACAUUGAGGGGUUUGAUAAUUCAAUAACUCCGGCAUACUCAUGCUCCAAAACAAAUGUUAUAACAGAUGUUAUAACAAUAUUAUAACAUAGUAUAACAUAGUGUAGUCAUGUAGCAUGUAAACGUUUAUCCAUAGAAACUUGUUUGACACAUACUCAGCAUAUGGGUCACGAGGGAAUCAAACCCUCAACACUCUAGUUUUACUUCCCUGUUGCUAUAAUAACAACAUAUCCAAUCCUAACUCCUAGCAUGUGUUUUGACUGUGCUACGUAUUAUUAUCUAUUUGUACAGAUAUAGGAUCUUAAUUUGACCUGCAUUGUCGUAGCAAAAUAAUGAAUGUUUAGUCCAUAAUGUUUCUUGAUCAGUGGUCAGGCUAUUAAAAGUUGGCGACAUGAAAAGUGCAGUACUGUUAAUAUAAUUGUGUUAGUGUGGGUUUUCAGUAAAUUUUCUGUGAAUGUAUGUAAAUCACGAAGCUCAUCUUCAUUUCCUGAAAAAUUCUCAGCAACAAGAGUGAUCAAAUUAAGUUACUAUAUCUGUAUGUGAGCUUACACAAUAUUGUCCAUGACACAGUCCAUACGCACCAGUUAACAGCAAGGUCACUGUGUUUAUGGUGAAACACAUGACAGACACAACUCACUAUACGUUGAUUCGCAAUAGAUUUAUUUAGUAUUUAUUGUAAAUAUUGAUUGUAAUUGUUUUUACAUGAGUAUAUAUUCAUUCUCAAUAGCUGGUGACAGGGAGUACAGAGAGAGGGAGAGGAAACAUUUUGAAGAUGAGGAAGAACUGAAGAGGAAGAAUACAGAAAGGAGUGUGAGGGUAUGACGAAAGGAAAGAAAUAGAAAAGAAACACAGGAGAUAAGGAAGAGAUAAUAUGAGAGAGGUGGGAAAAAAAGAGAGAGUUCAUGCCUGUCAAUUCAAUGAGUAGUGAGUGCCAAACAAUCUGUGGGAGGUUUUCUUAUCAGGUAUUUCUGGCACCUGUUGCAUAUUUCAUCUACUUUGUAUUCAACUUUUUAAGUCUGUUUUGGUCUCACAAAACUGAGUGUUCUUUAUGAGGAAGCAAAGUUAAGUAUGUGACGACGUAUCACGGCCAAGGGUACAUGCUGUGAACUGCCAUGUGAUGUUGACUGCACACACGGGUUUGGCAUCGAGGAACAACCUGUGCCUAACCUCGGGCACCGGCACAAAGAGACUUUGAACCAUGCAUAAAUACAGGCACACACACACAUGCACAUGUAACAGGGUAGAACUGUUGAUAUUGUGAAUGUAGCCUUGUUGGACUGUCAGUCCCAGUUGUGGCCCACAUUAUUUACGUAAGCUCUGUUUGUUUAGUCAGGGGUUCCCUUCUACUAUGUUAAGGUCGUUGUGCCUUGGGUGUUUGGUAAAUCCUGUCCGAGACUUCAGGCUACAGGAAUAGUAUUUUGUACAUUUAUCCUACGUUGCACACAGUAAGUGUGCAGAAAGAAGACUGAAUAAGGAUAGAAAAUAAACGAAUGGGUCAAAUAGUAUCAGAAUAAAAUUGGUAGACUGUUAGACGCAUGAACACUGUUGUUACAACUGGUCUUAGAGCAGUUUGAUUAUUCUGUAGGCAAAUCCAGUAUUUAGUAUACCAUGUCAUGUUUAGUAUGGUUGCAUAAGACAGAUGUUUACUUACGGCAACCAUGAAAGUAGGGUAGCUGGAUGGGUGGGCGUAUAACAUAAAAGUCUAGCAACCCAAAUGUUGAGAGUUCAAAUCUCAUCCCAGACAACAAACAUUUUAGCUAAUGAUCAACUUAUUCCUCCCUAUUUUACCCAUAUAUUUUGAAUGUAUUGAUAUGUAGGCUGUGUGUGCUGUUUUUAAAUGUAUGUAGUUCAGUCCUUGAACUGUUCUUGUCUAUGUUGUGUAUUAUGUCAUGUUUCAUGUUCUAUGUGGACCACAGGAAGGGGAUGAGACCUCUUCCGAGGACCACCACCAGCCCCUACGAUGGAGGGUAUGAGACCUCUGGACAUCUUCAUGCUUAUCAACUCUAUGAGCAUCAGGCCAAAAGGAUUCUGCACAGAUGUUGUCUUAUGCGUGUUUGAUGCAUGAACACUAGAUGGGGCCUGCUCUCUCUGCUGUCUCCUGAAGUCCACGAUCAGCCCCUUCAGUUGGUUGACUUUGAGGGAGAGGGUAUUUUCCUGGCACCACUCCGCCAGGGCCCUCACCUCCCUGUAGGGCGUCUCGUUGGUAAUCAGGCCUACCACCGUUGUGUCGUUUUGAUGAUUGAGUUGGAGAUGUGCAUGGCCACUCAGUCAUGGGGGACAGGGAGUACAGGAGGGGUCUGUGGUUUAUGCUGAUAUGCCCAGUUCCUCUGCCAAAAUGAAAGCAAACAGACAGGUUAAGAAAUUAGAAAAUUAUUAGGAAAUUAAAUUAUAACUUUACAGUUCCUACAGUUUCAAAUACACCAAACCAAUCUACUGUCUAAUCCAAAGUUCAGUUAAGAAUAGUGUAUUUACAUCUGUAAUCAAAGUUCCUUGACCUCACAUGUGUGUGCUGCCUUCGACGAAUUACACUAGUCCUAUCAAACAUGGUGGAUAAAUUAAGAGUUUACUCAGGCCGUUUACCAUUGGAGGCAAAAAAGUCAGUGUCUUGCACAGACAUCAAUGCAGUAGGAGCUGGUUCUUGUCUACUUAACAUUAGUUAAUUGACUUUCAUAGACAGAUGGGUUGUUUAGUAACAAAACUGAUGUAGCAAAACAGGCUGGGUUGGCUUAGAAUCAAAGGAUCCCUUCCACAUUAUUGAAAUUAAUAAAUAAAUGUGCACAAUGA